UUAAGUUAGAAAGCCACAAAAACCCAGGAAGGAAGUAAAUGACCAUGUCCCUGAGUUCGGGACUUGGCAUUUAUCAUUACGUUUCGAGUUUAAUAUUUUCUGUGUUACUCUUCUUGGACAGAGGAAUUAUUGCAAUUAAUUUUCCUACCUCAUACACACAUGAACAACUUGACGAUAAUGACACUGGAAUGUUAUUACGCGACAACUCUUUGAAACCACCACCCGCACCACAGGAAAGAAUACACCCUGGAGUUAUUGCAUCCGUGGUCGUCGUGUCAUUAAUCGCGAUUGUGGCUGCAGUUUUCAUAAUCAGGAAAUACUGUUUUCACCACAGCGAGGCUACGUACAGAUACUCGGUUCUGAGAGGAAUGGAGGAAGAUGGAACUGCUGAAGAUCUCGAUAGCGACGCUGACCUUGGACCGAGCAUAGAGGACUCCGACGAGGAUAUUUUGGAAUGAAUUGGAACAUUGUUCUUCUCCAGGAAAGUUGUGUAGUUGUUCUAACUGUUCUAACUCUUAUUUUUGGGAGCUAAAAUAGGUUGUUCAGUUAUUGAUUUGUUUUCUGUUAUCAGUGUGUUUUGUAUCUAUUGGUAAUUUGGCUGCUGUAGGAUUGUUUGGUUUCUUCUUCAGAGCUGUUUUUAAAUAUAUUUUUCUGAAAGCUUAGCGUUGUUCCAAUUUCAGUCCUGUAUCAAAUGCUUUCUGUUGUAAGCACCAAAUUAAAAGCAGUUUUAUUGCAGUUCCAUAAAAAGUAUUUAUAAAGCACAUAAACUGCCCACCCAGUAUUUAUGCACAAUGAAAGAUAUUUUAGAUACCUACAAAAGUCUCUGACAACCAUCCGGCUUCAAAAUGGCUGGUGUAGGGGCAUUCAGGAGAUUGUGGUGUAAAGCAAGAAAAUACACUUCCGGUACCUUCAAAUCAGCUUGUACAGCAACAUUAUGCUUCAACUGAUUAAUAUAUUCACAUUUAUUCACAAUUAUAAACAUCAGUUUUUAUAGAGUCUACUUCUUUUCAGUUCUCAAGCAGUGCCGACUGUUCACUGCCAGGGACUUAUGUAAUAAGGCUGAUACUGAACACCUUUUUCAUCACAACUUCCUUGAGCUCAGGUUGCAAGCACCAUAUGAAUUACUUCCAACUGAAUAUAAGAUUUAACAUCAUUUUUGUAAAAAUAAUCAGUAAUUAAAAUACGCACGUUGAACCACUAGAGGCAUAAUGUUUGAUUUUGUUUAACCUUGAUUUAUACAGGGUAAGCUGAGUGAGCAUGCAUGCUUUUACAGCAACACCCUGUUAACCCCCCCCCCCCCCCAAUUACCUUGACCUGCAUGAAUUUGUAAUUUGGAAUGUGGGAGGAUACUGGAAUACCCAGAGGAAACUCACACAGACAUUGGGAGGAAAUACUUUGCUCCUACUUAAUUUAGUAGUAAUUUAAAGUGAGUUUCCUUGCUUUGGACAACAAACCACAUAUGCCCCUAUACUUGCCAUUUAAAAUCCAGAACGUCCUCAGAAACUUAUGUAAAUAUCUUAUGCACAUAAUCCUUCUUCUUGCACAAAACCUUCAGAGUCAGGUAAAAACUUACUGGAAAAAAUAGCAAAUAAUACCAAAAAGCCCCAGAAAGUAAACUGUCAGUUCUUAUUCUAAUACAUAUUUAUGUUGUUUGUGUGUAUAUUUAUGUGGAGUUGUGUUACCCUUGUCAUUCUCCCAUUUAAAUGGUUAACUUACUGUGUUACUAAUUUGGUUUUCUGUUACUGGAAACCUGUCUGAAAAGAGUUUCAGUAGGGUGAGAUUAGCACAAAAUAGCUGUGAACUUUUUUCAUUCAAAGGAAGAAGUCCAAAUUCCGAAAUCUGAUACACCAAAAUAAUUUCUUGUUCAUUUUUUUCUUCCUGGUUUCCUGUUUCAUUGGUCUUGUGAUUAGUGCUCACCUUGUUUCCAGGAAGCCUUGGGAUUCCAUGAACAGUGUUGUCACAUCAAAGAAAACCAAAAAAAUGGUUCCCUCUGCCUCUGUACAGUGUGGUUGAAGAUUCAAAUCCCGGUGGUGUUAUCGUCAGCUGCUUCAAAUCUUCAUUUCAUAUUGAUUUUUUUUCCAGGAUGGGCACAAUACAUACAGGAAAAAUCCAUGUGACAACGAUGGUGCUUUAACUUGAAUUAAAAAAACUGAACUUAUUUUUAUUUUUUUAAAUUGCAUUAGUGUUUUUGUGCCUGAUGUCCCUUUGUGUUUCCAUUGUGUGUUUCACAAUAGGCAAAAUUAGUCUUUAUAUUUUGGAAUUAAAUAUGGCAUGUGGAAAUGGUC